AUGGGUGGUUGCUACUCUAGUGAUCAGAGAAAAAGGGAUGGUGUACCAUGGAAUCGCUCUCAUCAGGCUGGUAAUAAUAAUAGUAAUAAUAAUAAUAAUAAAAUGAUCCCCACAUCCUCCUCCUCCCCAUCCUCUUCACCAGCCACACCUCAUCGGAGUCAGGCUCAACGUCGGGAAAGCACAAAAACAGAAACUUCACUCUCCUCUCAUGAGGAGCGAGUGGCUCCACUCUUGUCUGGAUGGGAUCGACCAAAACUCACUAUAUUUACAGAGAUGAAUGCGGAUGAGGAAGAGGCACGGUUAACGGCAAAUUCAUUUGUGGAUGGUAACAAGUAUGCCGCCACGCCUGUAGUGGCUGUUACUCCGUUUGCCGCGAGAGACUCCCGCAUGCUCGCCGCCUCCAUCUUUCAAGAACACUAUGGGAAACCAGAAACCCCUAGAGAACCAGAAAAGGUAGGCGAGGCAACAACAACAAAAAUACAGGCUGAACAUAAUAUGGGGAAUGACAACAGUGAAAUAAAAGAAAAAAAAGAAAAGGAAGAGGAAAAAGAAAAGGAGAAACAACUACAUCAUUCAUUUACAACAGGAGGAGGUCCACCUGCGGAAGAAGGAUCAAUGGCAAUGAUGAGUGGUGUUGUGCCCUUGUUGGAAUCCAAAGUGAAGGAAUCGGAGUCGUUAGAAGGUACCACUUUGCUGUCAUCACCACCGGAAGGAUCUAUGGAUGAGACUAUGCGACCAGAACACGAAACACAUAUUAAACAAGAAGAAAAAGUAAAAGAAAAGGAAAAUAAAGAAAAGAAAGAACAUGAAGAAGGCGAUUAUGAUAGAUUGGCGGAGUAUAGUUUAUUGGAGGAGGAUAAGGUAACGCCAUUAGUAGAGGAGUUUACUGAAACCCCUAAAACAGGAAAGCGACGUUUUUUUAUAUUUCGACGUAGUCAAAAAGAUCCCUCUAGUUCGGAUAAAAAGAAGGAAAAGGGAAAAGAUAAGGAAAAAGAUAAAAAAUCUACUAAACAUAGUGCUGAAGGAAAGUCAUUAGAAACGGAAGAUAAAUCUCAACUCCUUACACGUGAACAAGUGAUUCAAGUUGGUUGGCAACGACUCCAACAACGUCUGGAUGAACUCAAACUUGUUGAACACCGCGUGAAGGAUGAUGGGAAUUGUCAAUUCCGUGCAAUUGCCCAACAAUUGUUGGGUUCUGAAGAAUAUCAUGAACUUGUACGAGCACAUAUUGUUACGUAUAUGAAAAGUGUACGAGAACGUUUUGAUUGUUAUUUCCCUAAUAAGGAAGAAGCGGAUAAUUACUAUAAAGGAUUACUACGUCAAGGUAGUUGGGGGGAUGAACUCACACUUCGUGCGGCUAGUGAUAGUUUAUUUAUUAACAUUCACGUUCUCUCAUCAGAGCAGCAGAAUUUCUACAUUACAUACCGUCCAGGUACAGAUGCCCCACCACCUCCCGCUUUUCUCAUUGAUGUAGCGACACUUCGCGAACAACAUCGACAACAACAACAACAACAACGGAGUUCUACCGCUUUAAAUCGUCAAGGAGGACAAGGUGUGGUAGAAGAAAUAGGAGGAGAGGGUUUCUUUAGUUGUAAUAAGACACCUAAUCAAUUACCGGUAUUUACAGCCUUGGACCCCACCUCACCAAAACAAAACUCAAAAGUGGUGGAGAGUAAUAAUGAAGAAGUUGGGGAUGAAAGUAUUGUGGAUGCCUGUGCACUUCAACGUUGUCUACAACGUAAAUUAGCCACCUCAACCAUUCAUACAACCGCUACAACAGUUAUGGAUAAACCAAUAAAUGGUGCUGGUUGUAUUACCACUGCACUUACGGGAACGGAAUCACGAUUGACAUCUGAUAUUUUUGGAUAUCUAACACCUGGUGAUACACCUUGUAAACCCACAACAACAACAACUGGUGGAAAAUGUUGUAAUGGUCCUUCUAUAAAUGAUAAGGGUAAUAUGGAUACGAGUGUUGUGGUUGGUGGUGGUAGUGGUGGUGUAAAUGCGAGUUUUGGAACCUUAAGUGCUCCAGCGAGUUCUGUGAAUACCUCAACACAGGAGAUUCAUCUACUUUCUGCUUCUCAAGAUAUUGCCAAGUUUUAUGCGAUGGGCGCAGAGAAAAUGGAUAACACCAAACAACAACAACUCAUCGUUCUUAUACCAAGUUCCACCAUAGUAACGAAUACAGGAGAAUAUAAUCAUACCCAACAUAAUAGUAAUAGUGGUGGUGGUAGUGGUAGUAGUAAUAUGCAUCGUUGUCUAAAUAGUGAACAUCACCCACCAUCAUCAACAUCCUCAUCGCAUCAACAACAACAACAACAACAGCUGCAGUCACUGGACCUUUCGGUAUCUGCACAAAGUGCACCGAGAAGUUUUAUUCUAUUUCCACAAGGAAAUAGAACGAAUGGUGGAAGUACACCCGCUGGACCUGGUAGUGGAUGUGAUCAAGUAACAUCCCGUCCACAUUCCCCACAAUUUUCAUUUGAGUUAGAUGCGAGUAAUGGAAACGGUUUAAAUAGUGUCUACUCCGUACCGGAGGAUGAGCAAAAGGUUUGCUUUACCUUUGAAGCCCACUCCGAACCCAUUGAUGUGUUUCUCUCCUAUUUAUCACCUGUCCAUUAUAAUGCCUUAAGUUUAGCGGAAUGCCAUCUCACCUCUCACAGUGAACAACAGCCAUCUCAACAAGGACAACAACAACAACAACAACAACAGCGAGAGGAGUUCAGUGGUGGUGGUGUGAUGCCCCGUCCGUGGAGUUUCUGUGUUCCCGAGCACGAGACCACGGUGCCGUUUUUAAGGAAGAGUGUCUCCGUUAAUGGCUUUUGA